AUGUCGUCAAUCAUUAACCAAUUGGGUCUCAACACCAGAGUCCCCUACCACUUCCUCUUCUACUCAUUAACAUUUGGAGGCACUGCAUUCUACUCCUAUAUUGUCUCCCCCGUCUUAUUCAAAGAAUUGACCAGGGACGAAUUUUCCAACGUGCAAAGCAAAAUCUUCCCCCGUUACUUCAAGUACCAAAUCUUGUCCCCCCUUUUACUCGCCGCCAUCACUCCAUUCAAAUACUGUCCCUUCACAUUAGGAACCUUGGCCGUGACGACCUUGUCGGGGUUGAUCAAUUUGUGGUACUUGGAACCCAAGUGUCAUGCAAUUAAGGAGGAGCGAGUGAAGUUGACUGCUAUUGGAAGAGAGAAGAAGGAUAAUGGGGAGCCUACUGAUGAGAUGCAGGCUUUGACUACUAGUUUUGGAAGAUGGCAUGGGUUGAGUAUGUUGGUUAAUAACUUGUCGGUGUUGUCUUUGGCUGUUUACGGAUUGACUGUGGCUAAGGGAUUGACUUUUAUCAAGUAUUGA